CCUUCAGCAACACAUUCUCCAAGCCACUGUUACCUUUGCCAUUUGAACAGGAACAAAGCCCUGGAAGGACUGACCAUGAGUCAGGCAGCUGGAGGUCCUCUGAAGUCUGUUGGAGUUGAUUUCCUCAGAGAUCAGAAUACUCGUCUCCACCACACCAAUGAUUACACUAACUCAAGUCUGAUUGUGAGACGUGGGGAUGAAUUCCAGUUGAAGGUGACUUUUAGCAGAGAGCUGAAAGACCAGGAUAAAAUUACGCUGCAGCUCACUAUUGGUGAAAAUCCAAAGCAAUCGAGCGGGACUCUUUUAUCCUUAAAUGCAAGAUCAGGACAGGAGGUUAACCGCUGGCGUGCCACCAUCCGUCAAACAAACGGGAAGGAGUGCCUGGUCGUUGUGACCAGUCCAGCAGAUGCAAUUGUUGGAAAAUACCUUCUGAAUGUGAAAACUGGGCCUAAUAUCUAUCAGCCUGAGAAGAGAUGUAUUUAUGUUUUGUUCAACCCAUGGUGUAAAGCUGACUCUGUUUUCAUGCCUAAUGAUGAUGAACGAGCUGAGUACGUUCUCAAUGAUACCGGCUAUAUCUAUGUUGGAUCAACAAAAAAUAUAUACGGAAGACCUUGGAAUUUUGGGCAGUUUGAGGAAGAUGUCUUGGACUGCUGCAUGUACCUUCUGGACAAAAGCCAGCUCAAGCAGAGCGUGAGGAAGGAUCCUAUCAUCAUCUCCAGGAGCAUGUCUGCUUUGGUCAAUUCCAAUAAUGAAGCAGGAGUGCUUUUUGGGAACUGGUCAGGACGCUAUACUGGUGGUACUUCCCCUCUGGCCUGGACAGGAAGUGCCCCAAUUUUGCAGCAGUAUUACAAAACCAAAAAACCUGUCAAUUUUGGUCAGUGUUGGGUUUUCUCUGGAGUGCUUACUACAGUCAUGCGAAGUCUGGGGAUCCCAGCAAGAAGUAUAAGCAACUUUGCUUCCGCUCAUGAUACAGAGGAAAACCUAAAGGUUGACAUUUAUUUGAAUGAAAAGGGAGAAAAAAUGAAUGACUUAACAUCAGACUCUAUCUGGAACUUCCAUGUCUGGAAUGAUGCCUGGAUGAAAAGGCCAGACUUGCCCAAAGGCUUUGACGGCUGGCAGGCAAUUGAUGCCACACCUCAAGAACUGAGCCAAGGGAUUUAUCAGUGUGGACCCUGUCCUAUAAAUGCAAUCAGAAAGGGAGAGGUGUAUCUUCCUUAUGAUUCCAAGUUCGUGUUUGCUGAAGUGAAUGCAGACAGGGUCUUUUGGCUUGUAAAGAAUGUGGAUGGUGAAAACAAAUAUGUCAAGCUGCGUGAAGAAACCAAAGUGAUUGGGAAGAGCCUCAGCACCAAAGCAGUUGGGAAGAACACCCGCGAAGACAUCACGAUGCAGUACAAAUUCCCAGAAGAUUCUGCAGAGGAAAGGAAAGCUGUAGAAACCGCUUGCUCUUAUUUAAAUUCUACCAAUCUGGGUUGCUGUGAAAUCACACCUCCCCUCGAGCCACUUCAAGCUAACCUUCAGCUUGGGAUAGAAGGCGAAACUGCCUUGUGGCCAGGGAAUCCCAUUGAUCUGAAUAUCGUUGUAAAGAAUGGAUCUGCGGGCGCGUGGACUGUUGACCUUGCUGCCUCUUGUCAAAUGGAGUCCUACACUGGAAAAGUUGAGGCCAGCCUUGCGACCAUCAAGCAGACUGUCCAAACAGAAGGCAAGCCAGUUAUUCAGAUCCCUCUGAGAAUAGCACCUGAGACUUACAUAAAAGCACUGAUGGCAGUAGAAGAUGAGCUUCAGGUCAAGAUCAAUAUUAUUGCAGAGGUUCAAGAAACGGGUGAGAAGCUUACGGAAGAGCUGGCAUUAACUUUCCAAUACCCACCUCUCAGAGUGGAGAUGCCAGAAACUGCAAAGAUUAAUGAAGAUUUUAAAUGUGCAUUCAUUUUCAAGAAUACACUGUCCAUUCCCUUGGAAAACUGCAAAUUGCAUGUAGAAGGCUUGGGCAUCUUUAGGAUGGAAACAUUUGAUCAAGGGAAUGUAGCACCUGGCAACAUCUUUAAAUCCAAAAUCGUGUGUGCUCCGAGGAAAACAGGGAUGAAAAAGAUUGUGGCCAAACUCAACUCCACCCAAGUGAAAGGGAUAACUGUGGAAAAGAUUAUUACCAUCACUGAAUAGGAGCAGUCCCCCAAGCCAUCGCAUGGUGGCAGUCAGAGGCUACCUAUGAGCCUUAUUGACAGUGCGUGCAGCUUUGAUGAGGAACCAAAACAAGAGAGAUGCUAAGAGAAUUUAAGUGGCUUAAGGGUAUAGCUGUUUUGAUUCUAGCUAAUGGGGAUUUAAUAGAGAUUAUUCAAAUCUGCUCUUGCAUGUUUAUAGAUUUGGCAGCUUAGGAUAAGUAAGUCCAUGUUUUGUGGAAUUUGGAGUGGGCAUAAUAUCUCUGGCUUGGGAGGGGCGGUGAGCUGGCUCUGUUUUCUUUUGCAAACAAUUUCAGGCUUUGUGUGAGGCUAACAACAUUAGCUCCUCCUUGGCCUUUGGGUUGACGUAAUGGUGGCUUUACCAGCUGCUAAUUCUGCUAUUAGCAUUUGUGUUGACAACACACUGUUUAUUACAAUGCUGCAUGUAGCCUGCUUUAUUUCAUAGUGCAGGAAUAUGCAACCUUUGGUUCAUUAUGUUGUGAAGUUUACAUGGAGUAGUUUAUAUUUUUGUGAUUAUAAGUAUAAUUUAGACAUUAAAUGCAAAAUUGUAAAAGGAA